GCCGCGACGCUAUGACGUCAAGCCGCAGCCCGCGCAGCAGUCAGCUCACGCUAGCCACCAGUAGUACCAAUAAGAGUUUUCGCGAGCGAUUUUCUCGAGCCUCCUCGCUCUUGUUGUUGUUGUUUCCGUUGUUGUUCUCGCGCUGCUCCUCGACGUCGACGUUGCCGCAACUCUGGCUUUUUUUAUGACAAUCGUGGCCGUUGCCGAUGACCUUGUUGUUGUUGUAGUUGUUGCCGUAGUCGCUGUUAUCGUUGUUGUUGUUGUUGCUCUUCUACUUUUUACCAAAGAGAUUACUCGCUUGUUUUUCACUGAUCCUCGUGCACCUCUACCUGCUGUUGAGUUUCUGGACACGGUUAAAUGUGCUAUAUCUGCAUAGGCGCAUAUAAGCACGUGCCUAUGGCUGGCCGAUACUGAAUAAUACACGCGCUAUCGACGCCUGUUCCUCGGAAACACACAAAGUGCAUUCAACUUUUCGCUCGCGCGUGAUUUUCCACUGUGAGAAUGCAUAAUUGCGAUCGUCCGGGCGAUUAUUUGUGAUCGCGAGACGACGAGCGUCGUAAAAAUAAAAGGAAAUAAAAAGUAUAAGAAAGAAAGAAAGUAAAAGUGCGUAAAGACGACGACAACGACGACGACGACGACGUCGAAGUCGACUACGUCGACGGUGCGAAUAGCUUUGAAAGAGAACAAAGAGAAGAAGAAGAAGCGAAAAGGCGAAGAAAUUAACGCUUUGCCGAUCGCCACAGCUCGUCUCUCUUGGCACAUCAUCGAGAUAUCGCUGUUGUUACAAGAAUAGAGUGAGAGAGAGUGAGAGAGAAAGUCAGGCUGGCGCACGGCGGUCGCAAACAUGGGCAAAAAAAACAGUAAGCUCAAGCAAGACACCAUCGACCGACUGACUACCGCCACCUAUUUUACCGAAAAAGAAAUUCGUCAGUGGCACAAGGGUUUCUUGAAAGACUGCCCGGAUGGAUUACUCACGGAGCAGGGAUUCAUUAAAAUUUACAAGCAAUUCUUUCCUAAUGGCGAUCCCUCGAAAUUUGCUUCUCUAGUGUUUCGAGUUUUUGAUGAAAACAACGAUGGUACAAUUGAGUUCGAAGAAUUUAUCAGGGCAUUGUCAGUGACGUCAAGGGGAAAUCUCGAUGAAAAGUUGCAUUGGGCAUUCCGGCUUUACGAUGUCGACAACGACGGAUUCAUCACGAGAGAUGAAAUGUACAAUAUCGUCGAUGCCAUAUAUCAAAUGGUCGGUCAAGCUCCGCACGCCGAAGAUGAAAAUACGCCUCAAAAGAGAGUUGACAAAAUCUUCGAUCAAAUGGACAAGAAUCACGAUGACAAGUUAACUCUGGAGGAGUUUCGAGAGGGAAGCAAAGCCGAUCCUCGUAUAGUUCAAGCUCUAUCAUUAGGUGGUCCACCAGUGUCAUCAAAUCAGGAAGCUUAAACUCUCCGCGUAUAUGAAUAUCUGUAGUCCAGUCAAAGUGGAUUUUUUGAUUUUUACAAAAGUCUAGCAUUUUUGAGUAAUUUGACUGGCCUACAAUACUUUAAACUCCUUAUAAUCUCGCUCUCUUUAUUAACGUUUCGGAAAACUGCAGCUUGGCUCAGUCUUCUCAUGUACGCGUACGUACACACAUAUCGAUUGAAGUGCAUCAGGGACAAUGGGGAGGGGGUAGUACACGAUGCUCGCGAAACAUAAAACCGUAGCUCCUUCUUUCGAAUGAGCCUCUGUCCACCAUAUGAAAAUCAUUACACAAUUCGAGAUUUUUCUCUCAUUCUCGUUUCAAUCGUGACGUUAUCAGAUCAUUAUUUUUUCUCGUAAAGAAUAUUUGACAUUGCUCUUACAAUCAUAUUCUAGAAUAAUGAAAAAAAGUUCACCACAUCAAAUUUAAAAUGAGCCACCAGAAAAGCCCUUAUUUAUCUUCAUAUAUUAUACUAUAUUCUACCGAGCUGGCGAGAGGAGCGCCGAGUGGUGCAUAAUAUAUGUAUAUACAUACUUACACAUACCCCACAGAACAGUCGUAUAUGCUUGCCCCAUUUUAAGAUAAUGCAAAAAUUUCAUAGUCUCGCUGUACGCGUAGUUUUUAAUUUAAACUUUUGUUACACUCCAGCUCGAGCGAGAAUUUUUUACGAUUAUGUCAAUGCGGUGUAUGUGAUAUUAUAAAAAUUCGCUACUCAACCUUCGUACAUUCCUUUAUUAUAUAUAUUAACAAAAAAGCGAUGGACAAGCUAACAUUUUAAUACCCAACGCUGAAGCAAAAAGAGAAAAAAAAAUUAAAAAUUUUCCGUCCACUCACUCGUUCAUUCUAAUCCUUUGAAGAUAUUCGGCAAAUACACGUUGCGAAUUGCUGAUCCAUUUUCUGUACUCACUGUUGCUAAAUAUCCAAAUCAAUCAAGCGAUAUCAUUAACGGGUUACGGUUGGCGCUAUAUAUCUGCGAUAUUAUACGAGUGUUUACAAAUGUACCGUGAUGAAUCGGACAGAUAACUCACUAUUCGCCUAAUUUAAUCGUAAAUAUGACAUAUUUAUAUUUAUACUAUAAUGUUCCAUAUUGUAAUCCGAUCUAAAUCAGUAAAAAUGUACGAACCGUUGCAAUCAUUAUCGGUCAAUUUCAAAUAUAUAGCGCGAAAACGUAUACGAUAAAAGCUCAAUCUAUCUCAUAGCAAUAACAAAUUUAAAAAUAAAAAAAUAAUCAAGGUGUUUCGGAAAAGGCACGCCUUCGUAAUUUUUGACAUUUGACUUCCAUGUAGUGAUUAAUAAUACUCUAAUUUAAUUUAACAAGUAUGCGUUUACUGUGAGGCUUCAAAAAUUUGAAGCUGUCAAAGAUUGUACUAUUCACCUAUAUUUUAUUGUGUACACACGUUUUUAUAGACAAAAUUUUAAUGGGCUUGAAACGUAAAUAAAGUGCACAUCGUUGGUUUUUGAAAUAUUAUGCCUAAAAUGCUCGCAAAAAAAUGAUUAUCGUCAUUUGAGGUGUGAUACCUUUUUUAAAAUCUAAUUCAUAAAAAUACUCAAACUUUUCAAUCGCUUAACUAAUAAAAA